UUGAUGAAUGGAACGCUUACGAAAACUGGUCUACGAACAGUUUGAAAAGGACCUUAUUUUCAUACUACCCCUGUAUACAGACUCCGGAGGCAGUCUUGAAGUUGCACUCACAUGCUUUCAGUCAAAGCAUGGCAGACCCAGCCCGUAUGAAAACUGAAGUGGUGUUUAGCGAGACGAGUACACCCGCUGAGAGACCCAAACAGCGCAAGGGCUCCAGUGACUGUCUGGUUAGCACCAGUAGCAUCUCUGAACCCACUGCAGUCCUGACCAGUAUAAAAGAGGAAGGCAAAGUGAGAUCUGCAGAAGAUAUUGCUGUUGGUGAUGAAGAGGAAGAGGUGUCUUCCUCUGUACACCCUCCUCCUGCUAAAAAACUUAAAGUGGAACAUGAGAAGAAAAAGGAGAAACGACAAAAAGUUGAUGAAGAUGAAAUACAAAAGAUGCAAGUUUUAGUUUCAUCAUUCUCUGAAGAACAGCUGAACCGCUAUGAGAUGUACAGACGCUCUGCUUUCCCAAAGGCAGCCAUUAAAAGACUUGUUCAGUCCAUCACGGGAUCAUCCGUCUCUCAGAAUGUGAUCAUCGCCAUGUCAGGAAUCUCAAAGGUGUUUGCUGGAGAGAUUGUUGAGGAAGCUCUUGAUGUGUGUGAGAAGUGGGGAGACACACCUCCUCUGCAGCCUAAACACAUGAGAGAAGCUGUGAGGAGACUGAAGAGCCGAGAGCAAAUCUCCAACACUAAACACAAGCACAUCCUUUUCCACUGAACAUGAACCUCUUUUUCUUCCAUUUGGAAAAGACUCUGUUGAUCAGCAAAUUUUUGGGGGGAAAAAAGAGAUGACCUACCUGCCCCAUUUGUACUUUUCCUACAAUCUCUCCUCUGGAGCAAGCAGUAGACUUAAAAUGAUUGGACUGACUAUGUCUCCAUUUAUUUAAAUGUUUUGUAAUGUUUGAUUUAACUUAAAACCUGUGCCGAGUCAUUUUUUGUGUAUGCAAAUAUUUUUUUUGACUAACUACUGUUCUCUUUAUUAGUAAUGAGAGCAGCCAGGCAUACUGAAAUAGGAUUAAUCUUACAGAAACAUGUCCUGUAGUAAAUUAGUUAUUCCUGCUAUCUGUCCUUUUCAGCUUUGAAAGAUCUGAAGUUACACACUUCAAAUAACUCCAUUAUUUUGCAGAAUGGCUGAUCCAGUGUGUGUGUGUGUGUGUGAGAUGUAAUUUAAUAAAUUAGUUCUUCAAUUUUAAGGUUAUAGGUGUUGACAAAACAUGGUGUACUCACAAACGCCUCCACUGUCAAGUGUUAAAAUUACACAUUUACCAUGAAUCAGGACUUAUUUUUGUUUGAUGAGGAAAUGACACUAGUGCAGGGGCGUAGGUUCCGGAGGUUAUUCGGGGGAGGUAACCCCAUAAUAUAAAAAACAAGCAAGUAUGGUAUGAUUAAAAAUAUCACUUUGUAAUUUCCACACCUGGAAAUGCCAUGGACAUUAAUAAAGCCUUAGAAAGUCAUGGAAGUUUCUAUAGUGCAUGUUUAGUGUGAGUGCAAAUCUGCAAACUAGAAAAAAUCCUCAUCUUCAUUAUUUGAGGCAGGUAAAUGCUAGAUGGCAAUAACGCUACAUAUAGCCCUGAGAAAGAGACAGGAUAUGAGCUACAGUUGUCAGUAAGUGAUAAUGAUCAACAAACUAUCCUUGUGUGAGUUUAAGGUAUCGGUGUGGUUUGAAAUUGAACAAAAGACUCCUAAUAAGACUUUUAUUAUUACACGGACAAUUAAAUUGUUCAGUUGGAGAUCAUGCGCUGACACGACAGUAACUCUACACUGGACCUUUAGGAUAACUUGAUGAGGAGGGUAAGCAGCUUUAGAAAAGCAACAAUGUCAAAGCAUUACUAACUUUAUAUAUAAUCCCAUGUACACACUUUUAUGGUAUGCCAUUUAAAAAAAAAAAAAGUAUUAUUAAAUAAUUAAGAAAAGCAACAUUUUAUGUAAAACUAUUUGUAUUUAUAAACUAAAAAUGGGUGAAAUUUACAUUUACUUAUUUAACCUUUUUCAUGUUGCCGUCUGCAUGUACCGGUGAUGUUUGUAUUCUACUGGUUGCUCAAUAGAUGGCAAUUCAAAUUUCUUGAUUUCUUUGGUUUCACCUGACAGGAGCUCUCCUGUUACUAUUUACCUAGGAGUUUUACUAUAGGCUAUUCCUGGGGUCAAACAUGUGACCCUCAAAUCCACACCCUUUUCAUACAUUGUUUGUGUAUUGUUGCCUUGUUUUAAACAAUAACAAUGCUAAAUGUCACAUUUCUUAACAUUCAUUGAUUCUUGACAUAAUGGACAAAACGUGUCCUACAUACA